AGAGCAGCAAGAGCCCUAUAGAGCGGCGCUGAUAGCCGCGGAAGGAGCGGUUCUGCCAACUUCGCGCGGCAGAAGACAGCAGCAAAGCGCCGCCGCUACAGCCUUCGCCGAACGUUCCCAACGUUCGCUGCCACCGCCGGCCGCCCCUCUCUUGGGUAGCCGUCAUGCCGGGCAUGAUGGAGAAAGGAGCCGAGCUCCUGGUGGGCGCUAAGAACAGGGCGGCCCCCAACGGCACCAAGAACGGCGGUGGCGGCAGCAGCCCCGGUUCCAACGGGAACUUUUUCGAGCCGGAAAGCGGCAGCGGCGGCGGCGGUGACAGCGGCGACGAGCACGAUGUAGGAAUGAGGGUCGGAGCAGACUAUCAAGCUCGCAUCCCUGACUUUGAUCCUGGAGCUACAAAAUACACAGAUAAAGACAAUGGAGGGAUGCUUGUGUGGUCUCCUUAUCAUAAUAUUUCUGAUGCCAAAUUGGAUGAAUAUAUUGCUAUAGCAAAGGAAAAACAUGGAUACAAUGUGGAACAGGCACUUGGAAUGUUGUUCUGGCAUAAGCACAACAUUGAGAAAUCCCUUGCAGAUCUCCCAAAUUUUACGCCUUUUCCAGAUGAGUGGACAGUUGAAGAUAAAGUCCUUUUUGAACAAGCUUUCAGUUUCCAUGGAAAAAGCUUUCACAGAAUUCAACAAAUGCUUCCAGACAAGACUAUUGCAAGCCUUGUAAAAUAUUACUAUUCCUGGAAGAAAACACGUUCUAGAACAAGUUUAAUGGACCGCCAAGCUAGAAAACUAGCUAAUAGAAAUAAUCAAGGUGAUAGCGACGAUGAUGUUGAAGAACCUCACCCUAUGGAUGGAAAUGAUAGUGAUUAUGAUCCCAAAAAGGAAAGUAAAAAAGAGGGGAAUCAUGAGCAGCCUGUGCAGUCCAGCAAAAUAGGAUUAGGUAGAAGAGAAUAUCAAAGUUUGCAACAUCGUCAUCAUUCUCAGCGCUCUAAAUGCCGUCCUCCAAAAGGCAUGUACUUAAUUCAAGAAGACGUGGUAGCGGUUUCAUGUAGCCCCAAUGCCGCCAAUACACUUCUUAGGCAGCUGGAUAUGGAGCUGAUCUCACUGAAGCGACAGGUCCAGAAUGCUAAGCAAGUAAACAGUGCACUUAAGCAGAAAAUUGAAGGUGGAAUAGAUGAAUUCAAACCGCCUGAGUCAAAUCAAAAAAUAAAUGCCCGUUGGACAACAGAAGAACAACUUCUUGCAGUUCAAGGUGUCCGCAAAUAUGGUAAAGAUUUUCAAGCUAUUGCUGAUGUAAUUGGCAAUAAGACUGUUGGCCAAGUGAAGAACUUCUUUGUAAACUACAGGCGUCGUUUUAACCUAGAGGAGGUAUUGCAGGAAUGGGAAGCAGAGCAAGGAACCCUGGCUUCUAACGGUGAUGCUUCUGCUUUAGGAGAGGACACAAAAAACGCUAAUGUGUCAUCAGGAAAAAGUACAGAUGAAGAAGAUGAGGCCCAGAUCCCUCAGACACCUCAGUGUGUAGGGUCUUCUCCACCAGCCCAGGUGUCUACUCCAACACCAGCAACCCCUGUAACAACUUUGAACCAGCCUCCUCCAUUGCUUCGUCCAACCCUUCCAGCUGCUCCAGCUCUCCAUCGUCAGCCUCCACCACUACAGCAACAAGCUCGAUUUAUUCAACCAAGGCCAACCCUAAACCAGCCCCCUCCACCACUCAUCCGUCCAGCUAAUUCCAUGCCUCCUCGUCUAAACCCAAGACCAGCACUGUCCUCCACUGGUGGGCCACAGCCACCUUCACUUAUUGGAAUCCAGACAGAAUCACAGUCCCCGCUACAUUAAGCAAAUAGGGCAGAACUAUGAUAAUUAAAGUAGUAUCAGUGUCUAUUUCCUCAGCUAAUGAAGAGGUGAAGGGAGGGAAAGCAAGCUUUCCACAGUAUUGGAACUGUCACAAAGAAGGUGGAAAUGGAUAUAUAAUAUAUGAAUGAUCUUCUGAGCGAGAGAAACUUCAGUGCAGUAGAUUAUUGCAAAGAAAACCAUGUCUACAAAGUCAGCAUUUUACAAAGCUAACUUCUUUUUAAAAAAGAAAAGAAAAUUCACUGCACUGUGACUUCAACUGGUUUUUACUCUAUUUAUUUUAUAAAAUCCUUUAUAUUUAACUUCAUGGAAAUAAACCAUCUGGAUAGUGAAAGCGUUUCAGUUUAAGAUUCAAACAGGGCUGUAAAUGUAAUAAAUUGGGGAAAUUAUUUUUACAUUUUCCUAUGUUAGGAGCGCAAGUAUUACUGACAAGCCUGCCAUUCAGAUUUUGACAGAUACCACCACUUCAUACAUUUUUCUAGGCUUGUAUUUUCUAUAUUUCUUCAUAAAGUACUUUUCUUCAGUCUCCUUGUUGGAAAGGUUUUGAAGAGUGCAAAGCUAAGGUACUAAAGAGGUUCAACUAUAUAUGUGGUCUUCUAAUACUGGAAACAUGACUUACUAGUGCAAACUCUGUGAUAGACAGCAAAUGGGGCUACCAUUUGCAUCCAACACUGGCAGCCAGGUGGCUAAUAAAGUCACAGUUGUCUUCUUUUUAAUAAACUUUGUAAUACUACUUACCUGAAAUUUUAUUCUAUUAAGUUCUGAAAUAAUUUGGUGAGGAAUGCUGAAUUCCAUACGUAUAGGGCAGGGGUAGGCAACCUUGGCUCUUUUAUGACUCGUGGACUUCAACUCCCAGAAUUCCUGAGCCAGCCAUGCUGAGGGGAAAGGGAGAGGUUUCCAAGCUGAGCCAUGCUGACUCAAGAAUUCUGGGAGUUGAAGUCCAUGAAUCAUAAAAGCCAAGGUUGCCUACCCCUGGUAUAGGGGCCUGGUGAAACAGUCUAAUAUUAAGGAUGUUUCCUCCUUCAUUUCUUGAAAUAUCUCAGUCUCUUUUUGCUGUUCCUUGCCAGUGCAUGUCCCCUCAUUUUUUUUUUUCUUGGUAUCAAAAACAGUACCAACUCAUGCCUUACUUAAUCAGCUGGAGUUUAACUGUUAUAAUCAAAGUGACAGGCUUUUAAUUUUGGGCAAGAAAUACCAAGCAAUGAAAAUCUAUUUUCUGAAAGAUGUGCAUCUCUUUAAUAUAGUUGACUUCCCCACUUUUUACUAAAACAACAGUGUUUUAACUUUCAGAGUUAAAAUUCUGGAUGAUUUCAUGUAUAGCAAAGCUGUAUUAGUCUCUUAUGUACUGCAUCUUACACCUCAAAUAUCAAAACUUUUAGACUAACACCUUAUCAUGAUUAAGGCGUUAAAGGGAUUUGCCCAUUAACUUUCAUGUUUUUAAUUUUUUAAAAUUCUUAUUUAAAUCAAAUUUCCUUUGUAGUAUAUUAAAUAGAAAUUCCUUCAAUGGAUGUCUCUUGUACAUUAUCUGUAUCCAACCAGAGUGUUUGGUUUUUAAUACUGGCUUUUCGGUGGGGGGGGAAGCAUCACUAUCUCUUGCCAGAAUUCUUGGUACUUUGCUAUAUUUAUCCUUUGGUUCUGAUGUCAAUAUUAACCCACUGUAUUCUUCCAAUCUGCCAUAGUCCUGUUUGUGCAUUUUGGCAUAACUCUCUAAAUACCAAACUAUUAACAAUGCAUCUUCAGUAUUUAAAUAUGUAGAUCAGGUUUCCCAGUGACUGUAUUGUCUUUUUUUUUUUUUUUUUUGGCUAACUUUUGUCUUGUCUCUUGUUGCUAGAACUUCAGUAUGCAGAAAAUUGGGUGCUGCCAUUUAAAUGGCAAUUUUAGACUAUUGAAACUAUAACUGGGCACUUGUGUGUUUCGGUAUGAUGGUAUGGUAUGUAGUAUAAUACUGCUUUACAUACGCUAUGCCAUACAGUAACAAAAUGUUUAGCAUUUGUAGUACUGAAUAUGUACAUAGCAAAAUGUUGUCCUUUUAAAAAAUUGUGUGCUUUCCAGAUUAUGUGCAUACAGCUUGCAACGUCCUGUUUUGGGUAGGGGUUGUGUUAAGCAGUGUUUUUGCCUGGAGGAGUGAAAUGCUUGCUGCUUAAUCAAAGAAUUAAAGUUUCCAAGGAAUCUGUGUCUAUUUUUAUGUACCUUGUAAUGGUUUAAGAUACUUAGGCCCUAUACUGUGAUUCUCUUCUAAAUUCAUUUAUAUUUUUUUAAAGAUUAGAAAUAAAACUAUACAAUUUUUUUCAUUUCAAAGAAAUUUUCUUUUUGGGCAAUAUUAUAAAAAUCUAGUUUGACUUUGUAUCAUUUCUACAAACCACAAUCUAUUCAUCUUGGUUUAUUUUUGUCACUUUAUGAAAUGUAAAAUAUUUGCACUCCCUUUUCAGUUGGGCAAAAAUUUAUUUCUUACAGUGGUUAUGACAAAUGUAACUUUGCAUCUUCUUUUUAUGUACAGUUUUCAGUUACAAUAAAGAAAUAUAAAAACUUUUAAAUGAAUGGCCAUCUAUAAGGCCUAUGUGUAUAUUUGGAAAAAAUAUUUCUAGGCUAAAGUAUUAUGUGGUUGGAAAAGAGGUUUGUGACUAUACAUGCAGACUGGAUACUUGAUAAUAUCCUUUUUUAGUUAAGUGUAAAUUAAAAAUGAUGGAGCACUAAAUUGAUAUUGCAGUUAUAAUAUAUUCUUAAACAGAAAAACGUAAGGCCUAUAAGACAGGCAUGUGGGACACAUUGUAUAGCUUUUAGAAUAUAGGAUUGCAUAAUUUUGAAAUGGAUGGUUAGCUUUACUCUUAGAUCCAUUAUUCUGUCACAUCUGAAUAAUAUAUGUAAUAACAUAAUAGUAAUAAAAAGUCAAAGAUCAGAGAAAAGUAUAACCACUCUGAGGUUAAGCUAAUUGAUGAAAGUUAAGAAUACAUUAGAGCAAUCUUGAACUUUUCCAAGAGAGUUUCUGUAAAAAGUGGAGUAUAAGCAUAGAAAGGACUUCCGUCAAAUCACUUUCUAAUACUCCCUGGCAAAAUCAUUCAAAGUCUUGUGGCAGUCUUGGGUUUGCAAAUUCAUUUGCAGCACACAUUUCUUCUUCAUAGUUUUGCUUUCUAUAUUCUAUCUUCCCUCAAAGGUGCCAAAGGUAACAAUAUGUGUAAUCGCCUCUGAUCGUUAUGCAAAUAGAUUUAAAA